AUGCCAGUGGGGACAAAGAGAAGGUCUGCCGUUAAACUGGUGCACCGGAUUCGGGUGAAAGACGACUAUGCCGAAUCCUCGGCACGCGCCAGUCUGUAUAUGCAGUCAUACACUUUUUUUUCUCUUACCCUCUUCCGUCCGUCCGCCAACAACCUCCACUUCCCACUCAACCCUAUCCUAAACUCUCAGCCAUACAAACUUGAUUUUCCAGUUGUCAUGAUAUCUCCUGCAUACGACUUCUCAGCUUUGUGGGCGGAUCAACAGGCAUGUGUGCCCAUUAUUUUGUCCGGAGCCCCGUACAAGGGGCCGGUGAGAGGCCGCUACCGGUAA